AUGAUAGUGUUUAUUUUCUUGGCUAUGGGGCUAAGCUUGGAAAAUGAAUACACUUCACAAACCAAUAAUUGCACGUAUUUAAGAGAGCAAUGCUUACGUGAUGCAAAUGGAUGUAAACAUGCUUGGAGAGUAAUGGAAGAUGCCUGCAAUGAUUCAGAUCCAGGUGACCCCUGCAAGACGAGGAAUCCAUCAUACUGCAACCUGAGUAUCCAGUACUUAGUGGAAAGCAAUUUCCAAUUUAAAGAGUGUCUUUGCACUGAUGACUUCUAUUGUACUGUGAACAAACUGCUUGGAAAAAAAUGUAUCAAUAAAUCAGAUAACGUGAAAGAGGAUAAAUUCAAAUGGAAUCUAACUACACGUUCCCAUCAUGGAUUCAAAGGGAUGUGGUCCUGUUUGGAAGUGGCAGAGGCAUGUGUAGGGGAUGUGGUCUGUAAUGCACAGUUGGCCUCUUACCUUAAAGCUUGCUCAGCAAAUGGAAAUCCGUGUGAUGUGAAACACUGCCAAGCAGCCAUACGGUUCUUCUAUCAAAAUAUACCUUUUAACAUUGCCCAGAUGUUGGCUUUUUGUGACUGUGCUCAAUCUGAUAUACCUUGUCAGCAGUCCAAAGAAGCUCUUCACAGCAAGCCAUGUGCAGUGAACAUGGUUCCUCCCCCUACUUGCCUCAAUGUAAUUCGCAGCUGCCAAAAUGAUGAAUUAUGCAGGAGGCACUAUAGAACAUUUCAGUCAAAAUGCUGGCAGCGUGUGACUAGAAAGUGUCAUGAAGAUGAGAAUUGCAUUAGCGCCUUAAGCAAACAGGACCUCACUUGUUCAGGAAGUGAUGACUGCAAAGCUGCUUACAUAGAUAUCCUUGGGACAGUCCUUCAAGUGCAAUGUACCUGUAGGACCAUUACACAAAGUGAGGAAUCUUUGUGCAAGAUUUUCCAGCACAUGCUUCAUAGAAAAUCAUGUUUCAAUUAUCCAACCCUGUCUAAUGUCAAAGGCAUGGCAUUGUAUGCAAGAAAACAUGCAAACAAAAUCACUUUAACUGGAUUUCAUUCCCCCUUCAAUGGAGAAGUAAUCUAUGCUGCCAUGUGCAUGACAGUCACCUGUGGAAUCCUUCUCUUGGUUAUGGUCAAGUUUAGAACUUCCAGAAUAUCAAGUAAAGCAAGAGAUCCUUCACCGAUCCAAAUACCUGGAGAACUCUGA